CGAUUAAAAUUUAAAAUUUAACCGGGCUUUGUGCAACCAGGCCUUUUAUGACAAUAUUCAUGGAUUCACUGAGAUUUUGAGUUUCUGUUUCUGUUGUUCUUUGGACUUUGAUGUGGCCAUGGGCCCAAGGCAAAGUCCAUGGCCAUGACUUUGAGCAACUCUACAAAAAUAAAUUUGUUCCAGUUUGGUAGUGCAGUUAAAGUUGAUAGUUGAAUUUAGGUUAUGUCUGUUUAAUAUUCAACAGGUUAUGUUUGUUUGAAAUGGAUUCAGAAGCAACUGAUGAAAGAAGUGAUGAGGGCUCCUUGAGUGAGAUCACUGAGAGCUCGGAUGACAGCUCUGAGAACUCGGAUGACGAACUCGACCAAGAACAGCGAACUUCCGACCUGCUAAAAAAGGAUACUACGUCAGAAUGGUAUGAAGAUAUUCUGCUGGACGAAAAAGAAUAUAUGGAGCAAAUGACUGAGAAUCUGUCGAAAGUGGCAGAUGACAUCAGUGAAUUGAUAAAAUCAAUCAACUCAAUGCAAGUGGAGCAUCUCAGUAAGGCUUCCUACCAAGAUAUAACACCAUUACUUAUUGGGGGCACAGCUUUUCUCCUGGAUGCCUCAUCUCUCACCGUCUGUGCCAUCCAACAACCCACCUAUAAUCGCAGCCACGGCGGACAGAGCCUCCAUUUCAUCUACAUCUGCGAGAAAAUAAUUCAAUUGUUGUGCAGAGAAGGAGUAGUAUGUGCGGUGGUUUCCUUCAGGGAUAAAUCCCGUAUAUGGCAGGACGCCCCUCAACUUAGUCUAGCCGAAAAUAUUCUAAUGUGUCACUUGAAAAACAACACCCAAAUCCCCACACAGGAAUUCGAUUCCGUCCACGAUCCAAAGUUCCACCAGUAUGUAACUGAACUUCAGCCCAAUUUCAUGCUUUUGGCUUUCAAUCUUCUCGACUGUUUGGAAGUUGAGUUCGAGUCUCAAGACAUCUUUCACUUGUCCAACGCUUUAUUCUCGAUGCAUGUUCUUAUGAGCUUAUCGCUCGGCUUGUUCUGUGUUGACAUCAACUCCCUACAACUUGGCUGUAAUUCACUGAUGGCAUUUGUAAGAUGCUCUUUUUCUAGAAUUGUUUCAUUUAGAGAAAUUCUACAGAAGUAUUGUAUUGCUAUUUUGAACAAAUUUCCCAACCCUGUGGAUGAAGCACAUUCAUUGGAUAGUAAGAUUGAUAAGUUUAAAACAAAAGAUGUCCGUAGAUCUUCUAUGAUUUGUGUAGCUGAAUCUCUCAUCAAUGAAACCCAGUUUGAGGAUCGAGAGGAACUUAUUAGAGCAGUUUUAGUUUAUGCAGCUGCUAUCGAGGUGUUUCCAGUUGAAUCUCGUUGUUUCAAUCAUCAAGAUCAAGCUACAGAUGCUUCAAAAAAACUUCUCAGCAAGAUUGUUCGAUCCAUUGAUGCUCAAUUAAGAAUUAAACGAUUCGAAGGCUUCGACUAUUCUUCAGUAGCUGAUGUGUGGCAUGGAAGUCUGUUUAUUGAAAUACUUUCUUCAUUUCUCUCUAUGGAAGAAUGUGACAAUCUUGGAUGUACUAUUGAUAAGGUGUACAAAGAAUACAUUAGUGAGUUCAGUGAUGUGACUGGUUUGGAGCUACAACCGUUUCCUAUAUCAUUGAAUAGAAUCACAGAAAAUAUGCAUUUUGAGGAAAAUAUCAAGACAAUUGAUGACAAUUUAUUAUUCAGCGGAAUGAUAUGUGACUUGCCUGUUGUGAAUAAUGAGAUUUUCAACAGAUUUUGUAAAGAUUUAUGCUCCAUUGUGAAUGAAGCUACUGAUGAUAAUGGAAAUGUUUCCCACGAGACAAUUAUAACAAAUCUUAAAUGGCAAAACACUGUCAAAUUGUCUAGUUUUAUUGAAAGAGCUAAAACUAAUGAUUUUGAGGACAACAUAAAAAAAAAAUACAAACACCUGAUUGGCUCUGAUAAAGACCUGAUAAAGUUCUUUGUAAGAAGAAAAGUGGCCAGAUUCAAGGGUAAGUUAGCUUAUUACAUGGAUCAGACAGCUUCAAUUCUUGAAGGAAAAACUUUGGAAAGAAGAGCUAUAGUUUGUGAAACUCCUGUCAAAAAUCCCAAAAAGAAUCAAAAGCAGCAGAAAAAAGAUAAAAUUAGUAAGAGCGCGGCAAAAUUGAUAGAAGAUAACAACUUGAGAAAAGAAAAGAAAUUACAGGAAGAAGAGAAUGCUAUGUAUGUUAGUUUCAAGAAGCAAUAUAAGAUAAACUUAAACACUGGAAAAUCAUAUCAAGUUAAUCUCGUUCUCAUCAAUCAAGUGAUCACCAAAAUGAAAACUGAUCUUUACUAUUGUAAAAUUAUGAUGUAUAAAGUAGAAAUCCUUUUCCACCUUUGGGAAGAGGAAUGUAAAAGAAACAAUAAUAGGGAAGAAAGAGAUCUGAGUUAUGCAAAAGAGCUGCUUUUAGCAGCGAGAGAAUUGAUUAGUUGUGCGCAGAGAGAUUGCUCACUGUUGGGUGAUCGAGAAAAAGCGAAAAUUGGCAAAAAGUUGAGUCAGUUGGGCUUUAAAGAGCUAGCCAAGCAGUGCUCUCUGCCAGCGUCUGACGACUACUGCGCUGAUGAUGUUGCUGUGGGCGAGUCAUUGGUUCGAUUCCAGAUGAAGCAUUUAGGUGCCGAUCUGCUGAGAAAGUCUGUAAUUGGCCGAGACACGCGGGCUGAUGGCUACAUUCCUGACCAAUGGCAGAGCGAUAUUUUUGACGCAAUAGAUAAGCGACAGUCAGCUUUAGUAGUGGCCCCGAGUGGGGCAGGCAAAACCAAUGCCUCUUUCUAUUGUAUGGAGAAAGUGUUGAGGGAGGGUAACAAAGGCAAAAUCGUUUAUGUGGCACCAACCAUUCGACUUGCUUGGCAGGUUUCAGCCUCAGUCAACUACCGGUUCAAAGGAAAGUCUGGUAUUGUCAUGGGAUUCCUCACCCCGUAUUAUCAAGUCAAUGUGCUUGACUGUCAGAUUCUAGUUACUGUCCCUGUAUCGCUGGAAGCUCUAUUCAUGUUAUCAGAUUACCACACCUGGACAAAACAAUUAAGGUAUGCAAUAUUCGACGAAUUUCAUUGUCUGACCAACUCUGAGAAUGGUGUUAGUUGGGAGAGAUGUUUAUUGAUGACUCCGUGUCCGUUUCUGGCUCUUUCAGCCACUAUUCAGAACCCGCAAAUUAUUUAUGCUUGGCUGCAAAAGGUAGAAAGGUACAAACAAGAGCUUGAUCCAACCAGUGGCUCUAGGGUAGUUAUGAUUUUGCACAAUGAACGACACAAUGAUCUGUUGAAACAUGUUUAUGACACAGACAAGGGGUUGCGUCACAUUCAUCCAGUCUCCUGCCUCACCAAUCGAGUGAUGGAAGCCCAUCAGGGUAUUCCAAAGCACAUCAGUCUCGCCCCAGGUGAAAUGAUUGAGUUGUAUGACAUGAUGGUGAGUGUGGCUGGUACUAAUCACCCAGACUUGACAGACCUGCAGCCAGAGAAGUACUUUGCCCAGUUCGAAUCCGGAUUCAUUUCCAGGGAUGAAGCUAAGAAUUACGAAUCCAAAAUAAGACAGGUUAUUGGAGAGUGGCUGACAAACAAACGGGAGCUACUUGAUGAUACAGUUAAGCGAUUCAGAACAGCGCAGAUAGACUGUGACAGUGGCGGAAAUAAAACUUUGGCUCAGUUGAUCUCAUCGAUUAGAGGUUUGGUUGAGACUCUGAAAAACAAAUCUUUGCUACCAGCUAUUGUGUUUGCUUACGACAGAGGAAAGUGUUCCGAGUUGGGUUCAUACAUUACUGAAGUCUACAAAGAGGAAGAGGAAAAGAAUGUACCCAAAAUGAAGAAGAAUCGCCCAAUUGUGGCUGACGAUGAUGAAGAAGACAGAAAUAUAAAGUGCCCAAAGAAAGGGACAAAGAGUGUGCAGUCUCGAGCACAUCGUUCAAACGAUAAACCGCUGAACCCGUUGGGAUUGACAGAGUGUGACCCUCAGUACUCUCUCCGCAACGUUACUAUCUCAUCGAGUUUCAAAGAUAUUAUCUUUCUUGAGGAGAGGCUGUUCAGAAAAGGCUAUAAGAAGGAUUUUCAUUCCAUAGAGAUGUUGCGGAGGGGUGUGGGAGUUCUUCACAGUCAGACCAUCUUUAUUUAUAGACGAUGUGUUGAAAUGCUGUUUUGCAAGAGAUUUUUGAAUAUAGUUUUCACGAAUGCCAUCUCAGCGCCUGAUCUGCGCAUGCCUUGCCGAAGUGUGGUGAUAUUGGGCGACAGUCCACUGCUCACCACAGUCCAUUUUCAGCAGAUUUGUGAUCGUGUGGGACGUCGUGACGUUGAUGCAACUGGUGACGUCAUAUUCUUUGGAUUGGAUGUGAAGAAAGUGCCAAGUAUACAAACGCCUAAGCUUCCUAAGAUGAACGGCAAUCACCCAUUGACUGUCACCACUGUUCUUCGACUUCUCCAUCUUUAUUCUUCAACGAAAGCUGAGAAAAAUAGAGACGAUGGAAAGGAGAAGCGUCUUGUUUUGAACAGGAUAUUGACUGUACUUAACGAAAGUCUAGUGUAUCAAAUGUACCCUGAUCUGAGGACACAGAUGAAAUACUUUUUUGGAUUCUCUUGUAAUUUCCUGAAGAGCUUGCGGUUGCUGAAUCCUCAUUCAGGAGUAGUUCAUCUGUUGACCAGUGUGGUGAACAUUCUCCACCGUUACGAGCAAGGCGUUCUGGCCUUCGUCUACCUGCUGGCAAGCGGCUACUUCAACGACCUAUGUCGGCUCGACGAAAACCAAUCACCCUCGGAUGAGUCCUGUGACACAAUUAUGAUCAUCUUGUGCCGUCUCUUCACCAUAAUUCCGUUUCCCUAUCAUUCGCCCAAAGCCAAAGAUCGCCAUGGAAGGAGCAUUGAUAUCAGAUUGCCUUGUCUGCCUCCGGAUGCCGUCAAGGCUCUUCAAAACUAUAACAACAUUGUGAAGGCAUCCUUCACGAAAUAUUACAAAAAUGUUUCCAAAUUCAAUGCGCAGACGUUUGGCAAGGAUGAGAAACUGCCCAUCUCUGGAAAAGUAUUCAAAGGGCGUUGCUCGGCCGAUGACUUGGAAAAAGAUGGUGCCAGCCUGGAAUCUAUGAUAGCGCAGAGUUGUACUACCAAUGCGGCCUGCUCAGUGUUUGCAGGACUGUCAGGCCAGACCGAUGAUGACUUGUUCGUUGAGAGAGCCAUCAUAGGCAACGCCCGUGAUGAGGUUUUUGCGAAUCACAAAUGCAUACCAUUUUUAGAACUGGAUGCAGCAUUGGAUGGAUUUGCAUACAAUUUCUACAAGUAUGGAUUUGUCAGACCCACAGUAAUGAGAGAUCACUUGAAGCCUGGUCCAGAUUACAAGUGCUUCAAUGAUUUCGAGGAGGUUUUGGAUAACAUCAAACAAUCGUUGGAGGAACUGCAAUGGGUGGAUGAGUUUGGCAAAGAUGUACUCUUCGGUGUGCGCAAAACUUUCGCUCAUAUUCGUGAAACAUACUUAAAAAAGAAAAAUUUCUAAAAAAUGAAAAUGAAAUAAAUCAAUCGACAUAUAGCCUACUAGCUUCCAACACCUGAUUCGUUUUAUACGAGUUUAGAAAAUGUUGACCUAAUUUAGAAUAGCUUGAUAAUGAAAUGAAAACUCAAUUUAUUGUAUUUUAUUUUGAUAUCUAUACGCUAAUUUUAUCUACACUAAACUUACAUUUACACAAACGUGAUGCUCAACAUAUUAUUGUUUUUAUUCCAUUAAGGACAAUUCUACUGUGAUAAACUGUGUUCGAUAAGUAUUUAUAAUGAAUACCGGUAAUCAUGAGUUGGAGCUAUAAAUCAGUAUGCAAAUCACAUACUGAAUACUUGAUCGAAGAAUACUAUAACAUUCACGAAUUUUCAUAAAACAUGUUUGAUAUAUGUCCUCCAUUAAUUAUACAGACCACAUCUUUAGUUAGAUUCAGGUUAUAUAGUCCGCAUCUGGUUAACAUUGGUCUGCUAUUAUUCUUGUCUGUCUUUGCUUUGACAAAGCAAAGCUUUCUUUUCUUUGCUUUGACAAAGCAAAUAGCUCUCUAUCCUUUUCAACUCCGCACCGUUGCCGAGCUGUGAACAAUGUCAAAAUAUGAUGAACUAGGCCUACCAAAAUAUUCUAUCUUAAUUAUAAAAAAUUAUAUGAGUG